AAUCAUCACAUUAUAAAGGCGGCCAUCUUUUAUGUCUGAAAAGUCGUUGAUAUUAUGUUUUUAAUUACCAAGGAAAGAGCUUUGGGAAACGCUCCAUUCCAUUGUGCGCAUGCGCAGUGUCACUACUCGUCCUCAUCACCCACAGGUGUGACAGCAGGAAGUUGAAAGAAAAGGCGUGUGUUGCAGAGUUUCACCUGUGGAUCGGGAAAGGAUUGAUUUCUUGCAAAAAAUCUACCGGGCAGAGGGAGCUAGGAGGACCACCAUAUUACUGAGAUGGCAUUAGCACAGAUGAAGAUGAAAAUCCCAAUGCCCAUUGUGAAUGGCCCGAACAUCUUCAUCCGCUCAGAGUGACGGUGCUGUUCCAGGAACCGUGCCAGAGCACCCGAGAUCUGCUUAGAGGGCGCACCUACAUGCAAAGCACAUUGAAGAUCUUUCCAAAGCUGGACAUCCAGGAUGAAUCACAGCAACAAAAACGAAGCAAGGAAGGAAGGAAGGAAGCAAGCAAGCAAACAAACAAACAAACAAACAAACAAACUUGAUGAACAUAGAGGAGAACUGAAAGAUGGAACAAGAAGAAAGAGGAUUGUAGAAAAACAGGAAGUAAGGAAAGGGAAAAAAGGAACCAGCAGAAGCACACCAGCGGGAGAGAUGAGGAAGCUACCUUAAAGGUACUGUAGCCUUCAUGCUCUCAUGUAGAGCAGCAGCCAUUCAUGUUGUUGGACUACUGCUGUCGUUGUUUUGGAGUUACACUCAUCAAACGCCAUGGACCCCUCUCCCUCAAGACCACACCCAGUGAUACUUUGGUCGUCCUGCAGAAUCUGUUGAUGUGCAUGGUGUGCUUCUACUCUCUCUACUACAUCGUGGUCAGUCUCUGCAUAGGACUGCUCAGGGUUCAUGAGAUCAACAGCUUGUUGGCUCCCUUUGACUACACAACGCAACCGUCAUGGCAGAACCCCAAAUACCUCGUCGGUGUUAUCUCCACAGAAGUGACCUAUGUUUUGGGAGGGCUGAUAUUCGCAUGGAUCGUAGAGGAGUGGGUUUGGGAUUAUGCCAUAACUGUCACACUGCUGCAUAUCGCGAUGACGGUAGCAGUGAUGUCAGACUUCCCUUCAGCUGAGCACUGGUGGAUAGCUCUGGGUUCAGGCCUGGUAAUGAUGAUAUUUGCAGGACAGCUCACAGCCUAUAAACUCUUCAGGAGCAACUUUGUCUACCCAGCUGAACUGCAGAACUUCUAACAAACACAAUGAGGAAAGCUUUUAAAUGGCUUAUUGCUUAAUCUCAGCCCCUGAUACAUCCCAGUGGGUAAACUGAUCAACGAUUUGUGCUUUGUUUAUGCUAACAUAAGCAAAAGCAACUACUGUAUAUGUAUGGAGAAUAUAAGGCAACCACAAAUAACAACUUUGUUUAUAGCUUAUAGUCACAUCCCUCCUUGUACAAAUGGCCCAACUUUGUUUUCUAAAGAAUAUUCUGUACAGUUUAAAUAUUGUUUUGUAUUGUUUAUCUACAUACCUCCUACUAUAAUAUUAUAUGAAGGCAAUAUAAAAGAUGACACCUGUCGCAUUCUGAAAAAAAUGUGACCACGGUACAAAAAAUUUAGUAGUGUAAGUAAUUUUGCUGUUAUAUUCAUGUGUCAUUGCCAGAUUUUGUGCAUGUAGGCCUAUAGUGUUUUAUCCUGAUAAAGUAAAGUGUUACCUGUAUUGAAAUGAUGAUUGUAUAUACUACUUAAAAUUGGAUUUACAUUAAAUACUUCAAGCAA